AUGGCGGCUGGGGGCAGCCACGUCGUGCUCGAGGCCAUGACCGUUGGCGUGGGCGGGGCCAUGGGACGCGACUGGUUCUACGACUCGGCGCAUCAAUGCGUCAUCGCUCUAUCUCCUUGCGCUGAUGGCUCUGGCGAACCCGACGGCCGCUUGUCGCUGCAGCUCACGGGGCUGCCAGACGCGUCGGCCAUGCCAACAGGCCGCUACGGCAGCUACGCCCAGGGCACAGCCUUCUGCAGCGCCAAGCUUUCUACGAGCAAGCAGUUUCUCGCGCUCCAGCGCAGCGACGUCGAGGUAGAGAUUGCCGUGCUGCGCGAGCCACACCACCGCUUCAAUGUCCUCUGCAAGCGCUCGUCGCGCAUCCUUGGCCUUGUCUGGAGCUCCAAGAUUGCAUAUCUUAAGACCUCGACCGAGUACCUUGUGCUGGUGACGACAGGCGGCCUUGAGCAGUUCAAGGUGACGCCGGCCAAGUGCACCUUUCAGCGCCUCGUCGCGCAUGCAACGUUUGCAUAUUGGUACAACGCCGACGCGCACCUCGUGGUGCUGCAGACAGGUGCGACUGCGUCGGAGCUCCGGCCGUUCAUUCUCGAAGGCGCGAUCGUGACCAAGUGCUCCAAAGUCGUCGUCGCCGGCGUCGCGAGCGUCUGCGUUGCAACGCUCUACGAAACGCACUACAUCCUCCACUGCACGUCGUCGCAGCUGCUCUUUUACCGCAUCGAGGCGGGCACCGACACCAAGUGCGUGCGGGCGCUCGAGCUGCCGUUCCCUGCGCACGCCGACGUCGCCUUCUCGGUCGUCGACAACGUCGUCGUCGCCCACAGCCGCGCGUUCGGCGUCUCGUGCCUCUACGACGUCGCUUUGGACGUCGCCGAGCCGGUCGUCUCGCCGCUGCCACCGGCACCCGCCACGACCCCCGACGGCCGCUUUCUCUGGCCCAAGUACUAUUACCACGCUGGUCACUGCUUUGCCAAGGUGACGCUGGCGCUGGUUGAAAUCUCGCGAUGCGCGUCAGCGGGGCUUCGCGCAAGUGCGCUUCUUCGCUUCCUCCUCCGGCGCGCCGACGCCCACGUCGCCAAGUGCUGUGUGUUUGCGUGCUUGCACGCGCGGAUCACCGACCGCGCCCCCGUCGCCGAGGUCACGAGCCACUUUCAUCUCCUGCAUCGCAUCUAUGGCCUCGCGAUGCUGGACCGCGACCCGCGACGGAGUGGGGCCGACCAGCGGGCGCUGUCGUCGUCGUCGUCGUCGUCGUUGUCGCCUGGCGAGCUGGUCGACGUUCGGGACUCGAAGCAACGCAUGCUGGUCGUACUGCAGCGAGAAUGCUAUGCGCACUUUUGGUUGCCGCUGCAUCAAGCCCAUCCACCCGACGUCGUCCACCUGUAUCUGAGUGCCUACCUCCACACGCUCGAGGCGUUCGCCAUCCCGAUCGAGCCAGCCAUACUCCAGCUGUACGUCCAAGUGCUCGUGCAGCGAGGGCAGUGCCAUGAAGGCCUCGCGUUUCUCGCCGCCAAGCACGACUCGCCUUCGCUCGCACGCGAACUGGAGCUCCAGGCAACACAGUUCCUCUUCAGUCGAACGGCGUACCGUCCGUUCUUCCAAGUGGCCCUCGACAUGUACCACCGUCUCGGGCGCGUCGACGACGUUCUGCGUCUUCUCCUCGACGACAACAACGUCUCGAUGGCCCUGCGCCUCGCCCAACGGGUGUUGCACAAGCACGACCACUUGCCGGCGCCGGCGUGGUUCUAUGACGCCGUCGCUUCUGCAGCCACGAGGGCGGACGCCGCACCGGCCAGUGUGUGGCAGUGGUUCACGGCCCUCCAUCUCUUCCUGCGCGUUUAUGACAAGACAUGCGUUGCUUCGCCGUCCCCGUCGCCGCUCGCACUGGCCGCGACGGUCGCGUUUCCGUUCGACCGCUUCGCUACGGCGGCGAUGGCGAGUGAAAUGGCCCGUCGGUUUGGCUUUGACGACUCGGCUCAAGGGACAGGAGAGGACAGGAGGGAUAUAUAAACACGUGUACGUAUGGGCUAG